AUGGCAGACCUCAAUAAACAAAAUUCGCAGAGAAGUUCCGAGCUCAUCAGGCAAGGAAUUGUGCAGUGUCUCGCUCUCGAGGCUGAGUGCAAAAGUUUAAAGAGUAGUCUGGCGGAAAGCCAAGACUAUGCCCAGAGGCUUGAGGUUCAGAUGGCCGAGAUGAGGGAGGAAUAUCAAGGGCUGAUGAAGAUCCUGGCGGAGAAAGAUGCCCUUAUUGAGAAGUACAGUACUCUGAUGUCGGUGACACUGGACAGGACUGUACAACGAGAAAGACAGGAUCUGAGAGACGUUGAGGGAAAGGUCGUUUCCGCUCUGGACCAACUCGACAAGGAGAUUGGCAGACUAGGUCUUGAGAGGCAGGGGUCAAGUGGCCCUAGCCAAGUCCGGGCCAAACGACCCGGGCUGACUCGCCAGGGAGCCGUCGUCCCGGGCACUUCAACUUCAGGUCGAAGUCGUCCCCGAAUCUCGCGAGAGAAUACCCCUAGAUUCGUCAGACAAGACGCGCAGAUGUAUAAGGGUGAGGAAGAAGAGGAAUCGCCUGGGGUUGACAGCCUGUUGCAAAUGACAUGCGAGGGAACAAAGCCGAGACAGGUAAACUAG